AAGUAUCGAUACGAUAUCGGCCAAUGCUAGUGUGGCUUCGCCGCGAAAUCGAAAUCGACAGAAAACUGUCAACAAAGUUGACCAUAAAAAUUUGUAUGAUUUCUGAUUACUAAGUUAACCGUUGAUACUUGAACAGCUUUCUUGCUUAAAUUUCACUUUGUUGGAUUUGUUGUACUAGCACAACAUGAAAGCAUUAGAAAAACAAAACCUAAAACAAAAACUGCGUAUUUUUAAUGAAAGAUAUGUUUAUUUGUUAGAUAUUUUUCGAAUUCCUAGUUCCAAAUCAGAUGAUUUUGCAUGUAGUGAUUACCUUUUAGAUGACGGUACUAAAUGUGUAUCAGAAGAAAAAACUACGGAGCAUGAAGCACGUUUGAAUGUAAUGCAAAACAAAAUCAAUUCAAAAAAUCUGCAAAGAAAGCGUAGGCAAAACGGAGUGCGAAAACUAAAUAGAGAAAAGCCAAAAAAGGCUUGUAAACUAAAGCUUCGAUUUGCCACUCACGGUCUUAAAAUUCCGAUGAAAAUCGAAGCAAUGAGUAAACCCGAGAAAGUAGAACAUUCUUACAAUUCAAAAGAAAAGCUACUGUUCUCAAAAGUGCAAUUCGAUGAAAAUGAUGUUUCGAAGAAGGGUAUUGAAACUGAUACUAAAAAGCUACUACGUAGAGCUUUAAUAGAAAAAGAAAAUUUGAAAUCACUUAAAUCAAAAGGAGAUGCUGUGGCAUACUCUGAAGUGAGACAAAAAAAAGCUUGGGAUCGUGCUAUUGCUAAAACGCUUGGCCAGAAGCUACUCGGGCAUUGUGAUUCGUUUUGGCAACUUCACGCGUGUGGUCCAGAGAUUCAUCGAUUCUGAUCCGUCCAAACGUUU